GUAGGGACGUGCCCAGUGCAGGGUGCCCCCAUGCCAGCUUCUCACAGGUCUGGAGCAGUGCAGGGUGCCGGAGUCUCUGGGAUGCCGAUGUCUGGGCAUGUUCCUCUCUUUUAGGAUGAGCCGGUAUUUGCACUCAUGGGUGACUGGAACCUGCUGGGGAGGCUUCUGGAGAGUGCUCAGGAGCACUCCACAGUGGUGGGGAAGGUCUGGCUCACUGUCCUGUUCAUUUUCCGUAUCCUUGUCUUGGGGGCAGCUGCCGAGAAAGUCUGGGGGGACGAACAGUCGGGCUUCUCCUGCGACACCAAGCAGCCAGGCUGCCAGAACGUCUGUUAUGACAAAACCUUCCCCAUCUCUCACAUCCGCUUCUGGGUGCUGCAGAUCAUCUUUGUCUCCACCCCCAGCCUCGUGUACCUGGGCCACAUCCUGCAUCUGGUGCGCAUGGCGGAGAAGGAGCAGCAGCGAGAGGAGACUUGGGUGGCCCAGCAGGAACCCCUGGUGCAGCAUAAAUCUUCCAUCAAAGAUGUUCAUGGCAAAAUCCGCCUGCAGGGGGCCAUUCUGAGGACUUAUAUUUGCAACAUUGUUUUUAAGAUGCUCUUUGAGGUGGGCUUCAUUGUGGGCCAAUACGCACUGUAUGGGUUUGAACUAAAGCCUCUCUACACGUGCAACCGCUGGCCCUGCCCCAACACAGUUAACUGCUACAUAGCCCGGCCCACCGAGAAAACCAUCUUUGUCCUCUUCAUGACGGGGGUGGCCUGCCUGUCUCUGCUCCUCAAUCUGAUAGAAAUGUACCACCUGGGCUCCACCAAGUGCAGGCAGGGGCUGGCAGCCAACCAUUGCCAGGCGCCCGACCCCAAGGCCAGCUCCAACACUCCCAGAGAAACAAGCGACCACCACAUUCCCCACUGUCCUGUGGCCAACAGCCUUCCCCAUCCUGCUGACCCCAGCCUUCCAUUGCAGCUGUACGCCAGCCAAACAGCUCCCUCUGCGGGCAGGGACAGCCGUGUAGCAUGGAGCAGCCGUGAGACAGGCAACCAGGGCCUGGCCAUGGAAGAACCAUUGCAGCAGGGCAGCAGGUCCAGUAAAUCUAGCACUAAGCUGAGACCCAGUGACUUGGCUGUUUAACUGUGGCGGCCCAGCCCUGCACUGAGAGCCGGAUGCACUGGCCCAGAGCUGACAGGCAGGGGAAGGGGGCUCUUGUUCCAGACAAGCACUGUUACCGCGAGGCUGCAUCACAGGGAGCACAGCUCGGCUCAGGAGCCCGUUGUGUUUCCAUGGAUGCCAUGUUGUCCACACCAUGGAAAUACUGGGCCCGUAAUACAGACACCAGUGUCCAGGAGCCUGAAACCUGGGCCAGACGUGCACAGCUCAAGCCCUCUCCCCUCAGUGGCUCUGCAGCAGCCUUGUGGCUGUCAGGGGCAGGAGGCAGGGAGCCGAGAGGGGUAAGCUCCACACUUGAUAGGACGCAGGCAGGGCCUGUAACUUUUCCUUUCCCAUGUGACAAGGCCUCAGGGCUGUGUUGGACCUGGGCAGCCCCACUGGUGUUUCCCCUUUUCUAGGUGGAGAGCACCCCCCCCCCCUUUUGCUCCUAGGCAGUAGCAGAGCUCAGGAAGGCCACAGCAGAGACUCACAGUAGAUGGCUGCUCAGGGCCAAGAGACCCUUCCAGGCCCUAGCAAGGAGAAUGGGACUGGACAUAGCCUUUGCCACGCACCUGGGGCCCUGCUGGAUGGUCCACAGCUUUGCAGGCUGCUGGUGUAACAGCCUGUCAGGGAAGAUGGAGCUGCUCCAAGCAGGAAGGCCUAGGCCCCACUACCACUGCAUCCUAGCCAUGUGGCUCCUUCCCCAGCCCUGUGCCCCAGCCGCGGCGACUCUCAAACCAUCUCUACCUCCCAGGGCAACGUGUGUGGGAAAGCAAAGACUGCAGCUGUGAUAUUCAGGUGACGUUGAGGUUUCAGCAGCAGCUACAGCUGUUGGACUCCUUCCAAGGCUGCACUGAACC